AGAAUGUCAGACUGCCAUGACGAUGAAGCCUCCGCCUUUUCGGAACUCACGCCGCACGGCACCGACGGCGCGUUGGAUCGCGUGCUGCGAAUGGGGCAGAAGCCAAAGGCAGUACCUGCAAUCUUUGUCCAUGCAGGGGCUGGAUUUCAUAGCCACCAGAAUGAGCACAUUCAUCUUCAAGCCUGUGUUGCGGCCGCCGAAAUGGGAAUGAGAUUUCUCAAGGCUGGUUCCACGGCAACCGAAGCAGUUGAAGCCGCCCUGCGAAUCCUCGAGGAUAAGGAAAUCACCAACGCUGGUUACGGUUCCAACCUCUCCAUCGACGGCGUCGUAGAGUGUGAUGCCACCGUUGUCGAUCAUCUCGGUCGUAGCGGCGCCUGCGGUGCCGUUCCGAAUAUUCGAAACCCAAUUUCCCUCGCCAAGCUUAUUCUAGACAAGAGCAAUAAGCCUCUCAGCCUUCGCCGAGUUCCUCCAAAUGCCCUGAUCGGAGAGGGUGCCAAGGCCUUUGCUGAAGAGCAUGGCCUCAUUACAUGCCCCAACGAGUACAUGGUUUCGAAAAAUGCCCGAGAUCGAUUCCUACGCUGGCAAGAAGAUCUGAAGCGGGCCGAGACGAAGUCAAAGGACUCCAGGGCUUCUCCAGAGGUUGGCGAGACAAGCAUCGGAUGUCCUCCGUGUCAGUACGACACAGCUUCCACGCCGAAGCCGCAGCAAUCCUUCCCCCGGCAUCACAGAGCAGCUAUCAUGGCAGGCACAUGGAACGAGGGGCAGCCUGAUUCUCCCUGGAUGGGCACUCCGAUCCAGGAAGCAACCACACCCUCAACCGACAAUUCUUCAACGACAAGCUACUUUCGAACCAUGGGCACCGCCGCACCUACAGUGGGACGUUCUUCUGUCCGGGCGACUGCAGAGAAGCUAUCGCCGAGUUACGCUGGAGUGGCAAGAGGUGCACAGGGCGCACCGCCAUCGUCAUUUCGUUCCAGGCCCAUCUCCAGGAAGCCCGGAUCGCCCAGCCAAGGUAAUACCACAGAAGACAAGCCUUCCAGUCUGGAAAACACAGAGCCCCAUCAAAAGCAGCAUGAACAUUCUCCGAACCGCGAUGGUUCUGCGUCGCCACAGUCACGACCUAAACCUAUGGAUUUCGGGGAGUAUGAAGCUGGUCAGCAAGACUUGGCGAGUCCUCGCGGAGUUAAGCGACCCUCCAGUCCAGAUGAGAGAGCAGAGGGCGACUCUCGAGCCAUCAAAGACAGCUUCCGGUCUGGGACUGGGAACGAGGACUUCAUCACAGACACUAUUGGUGCCAUUGCGAUUGACGAGAGAGGUCAUAUUGCCGCUGGAUCGUCCUCGGGAGGAAUUGGAAUGAAGCAUCGAGGUCGACUUGGACCAGCAGCCCUGGUUGGAGUUGGCACUGCCGUUGUCCCAUGUGAUGAAGCAGAUGAAGAUCAGAUCAGCGUUGCUGCCGUAACAAGUGGCACUGGAGAGCACAUGGCUACGACAAUGGCCUCCCAAAGAUGCGCCGAAAGGAUCUAUCACGGGACAAGGCGCGGCAAGGGUGGAGUCAAUAUCCAGGAUGACGAUGAGGAUGCCAUCAUGGAGUCUUUUAUUGCCGAUGACUUCAUGAACCACCCUGGAGUCAAGAACUGCCACUCAGCUGGCGCCAUCGGUGUCAUGGUUGUCAAGAAGACACAGACGGGGUAUUAUUUGUACUUCGCCCACAACACUGACUCGUUUGCUUUGGCCUCGAUGGGUGGUCUAGAGAAGCAACCGAACUGCACCAUGUCUCGGCUUCCGGAUAGUGCUAAGAUUGCCAAGGGUGGACGAAAAGUUCGUUUUGAUUGA